GAGAGUUAUCAGCGGCAGAAGGAGAGGGGAGCGCAGAUACUGGGGAGGUAUUUUUAAAUAUCAUUCCUAUGGUUCUCGGAUCAUAAUCACUUGAGGACUUUAUAACCAUGCACCUACUGGGAAUAUCCCUCCUACUGGCUUAUCUGCUCUACACCAACCUCGCCAGCGACUUCAGCCACAGCAGUUAUGAUGAUUACUACGAGCAGGAGCAGAUGGACGAGCCGGAUUCUCCACCAAAGCCAGACAUGGAGCAGAAGCUGCGUUCAGCCUCCAGUGUAGACGAACUGAUGAGUCUUAUCUAUCCCUCAUACUGGACUGCUCUGAAGUGCAGGUCCAAACUCUCGGCCGCCGCUGCCUCCUCCGCCUCCAAGCUCUCGCAACGGCCGCAGCCUCGCCGUCUGAGGCCGCUGGCGGAUUCAGAGGAGCCAACAUUCGCUGCUGCCUACCUCAACUUGGACAUCUUGAAAAGUAUAGAGUCAGAGUGGAGGAAGACUCAGUGCAUGCCCAGGGAAGUGUGUAUCGACGUGGGCAGGGAGUUUGGAGCUCCCACCAACAUCUUCUAUAAACCACCCUGUGUGUCCGUCUACAGAUGUGGAGGAUGCUGCCACUCUGAGGACAAACAGUGCAGGAAUAUCUCCACUGGUUACCUCAGCAAAACUCUGUUUGAGAUCACGGUGCCGAUCACCCAGGGCACCAGACCAGUGACCAUCAGUGUGGCCAAUCACACGCAGUGCAGCUGUCUGUCCAAACUGGACGUCUACAAGCAAGUCCACAGCAUCAUCAGGAGAGCCCUGCCUGAGUGUCCGGUAGCCAACAGGACGUGUCCUCCUGGUCAGGCUUGGAGCAGCAGACUAUGCUGGUGUGUCAGCAUGGCCGCCAUCAUGCACCACAACACUCCUCCACCACCGCUGCCCCCUCCACGGCCCUCCCAACAGCACCUUGACAUAUUUUCAUCAGAUGUGUGUGGCCCGGGUAAGGAACUGGAUGUGGAAACCUGUCAGUGUGUGUGUCGUCGCGGGGAUCAAACUCAAGACUGUGGCCCGAACCGACAUCUCGACCGUAAUACCUGCCAGUGUGUUUGCAACAUCCCGCCUGCUCCCUCCUGCCCACUUAACCACGUCUUCAGCAAAGAGACCUGUCAGUGCACGUGUAUCAAGACGUGUCCGAGGCACCAGCCCCUCAAUAAAACAAAGUGUUCCUGUGAAUGUAAUGAGUCGCCCAAUAAGUGUUUCCUGAAAGGACGGAGGUUCCAUCAAGCUACAUGCAGUUGUCUCAGGCCUCCCUGUGAGGUCAGGAGGCGAAGGUGUGAACCAGGUUUCUCCUUUAGUGAGGAAGUGUGUCGCUGCGUACCCUCGCACUGGAGACGGCUGGACUAACUGCUGGCUAAUGAGAUGCUAACAUGAUGCUAACGAGCAUAUAACAAACUUAUUAAGUAGAAUUCAUCGCCCAUCCCCUGUAGACUUGCGGGUCACGAGUAUCCCAAUCAGCUCUGAUGGCAGCUAAGUGUGCGGACCCUGAUGAACGCGGGAACCUUAGUGAUUUGAGUGCAGGUAUGGGAAACUCUGGUGAUUUGAAGGCGGGAAAUGCACUGACUUGGCUUUGAGGACAUUUUAAUAAGAGCACGACUGAUUAGAGCCCAGGAACGAAGGAAGGACUAAAAGAGAGUCAACACUCGACACUUGUUUUAUAAUAUUGUCUAAAUAAUUUGUCUUAAAAUAUUUGGGGGGUUUUGUAUUAAUUAUGUCUCCGUAUUCUUUAUAUUAAUUAUAUAAUUUAUUAAAUGUUAUUUUUCAACCUCUGUUUAUUGCAAUUUCAAUCUUUUCC